UACGUUUAAUCUGUGUCAAUAUAAGAAGCAUCAGUUAGAAACACAUAAGUCCCUCAUAACGCAACUGUUAUACAAAUCGCCAAACAAAACAUCUCAUCCGUCCACCCCUCGGCACUACACGAAACGCAAGCAAACGCAAAAACACCAACACCGCCGCAGCGCGAUUGCUUUUCCCGAGACUCUUCCGGUCGGCUUUGUCUUCGCUCAUUCGUGUCAGCCGUAGCUAGUGCAGGGUGUCGAGACAGCAGCACCAAAGAAAAUCGACACGGGAGCGGACCGAUAACAGCAGAGCAAACAUCGGGGGAAGAAUUAAUCCCGUUCAGGACAAGUGAGCACAAUUAAACUCUGAUUGCCAAGCCGAUCAAUAACUUAUCAAAAUCUGUCCAAACAAACCAGGUACAUUUCGUGAGUCAGCGGUGUAGAUCACGCGUUCGCCAUUCCUCAAUAGUGCGAGAAGGAACGUCCCGUGCGGUGUCAUACCAGACGAAAGGUUGAAUCGGAAAUCAUCGAACGACCGCAAGAGUUCGUCCGCGGAUAGCCAUCUGAGGGGCGAUUGCAAUUGAGGAGGACAACGCGUGAGACGAGAACCUAACCUCCAAACGGAGGGCAUUGAAGGUGCGGAAGACGACAUCAUUGUCGGAAGGCAGAAUCCAGGACGGAGAAACGCGAGCGUUGGGGAAACCACAUCGGGUAAGCUAUGAUCAGAUCCAUCACUAGCAGCACGAAGGUUUGAAACAACAUUUUCAUGAUAGGCUUGCACCUGCAUCGAACUAAGACGUCCGUCGGAGUGCCGACAAAUCACGUCCGUGGAAGGAAGUCACAGAGCAACAACGAAAACCCCCAGUAGGGUAAGCGCACGAAUGGCCAACCACACCUGAGCAGUCACUAAUGUGAGAUGGACAGGGGUUUUCUUUCUUUAUAGAAUCUCGGCGUAGAAAACGGGGCCCGAGGCAUCGCUGGUGCAAAUCUAGACCUCGUUCCGAUCGAGCUGGCCGACAACCACGAUCAGACUAGCAAUACGCUAGGAAGGACGCGUCUGGAACCUGACGGAACCUGGCGGUCACGUACAGAGCAACCGAAGGUGCGGCGUGGUCGGGCUACGAGCAUACGGUCCCCAACGAGCUCCGUAGGCGAGGCGGGCCAGGCCGUUCCAGUCGUGCGUAGUGAAUGCUCAAGUCGAAGUUGGGUCUACCGGUGACCGUAACCACUUCAGUGCCUGUGCCCAACCGUAGACAGUCACGGGGGAACGUGACAAGAGGGACUCAGAACAGUCGGAAGGACGGUGCAAUUCGUGGUAUGGUGGUGCCGAGGUGCGUUGGCGGCGAUAUGUGAGUACGGAAAAGCAAAACAUGUAUACUGCCAAAUUACAAAUGUACAGUUAAGAGAGUAGGAGACAGGGCUAGUAGAAUAGGGUCCCGGCAAAAGGGGCGACAAAAUGUUGCGAGAAUAUAUGUGUUAAGAUGAUGCGAUUUGCGUUCACUUCAUUUGUUGGUGCACAUGCCUUUGUGUUUGGGUUUCGUUCCAAUUGAUUGCUUUGGCUAGCGGGGAAACUUCAACACUGGCGCCCAACGCAAAAUCCCACACAUUAAGCAUUACCAUACAUCAUAUUUAGCGGUUUUUUUUUUCUUUGAAGAUUUGUGGAUAGUUAAGCUCACAUUACAAUUUGAGCACACUCAGUUGGUUUGGAUUUGAUUUAGAUCAGUGGAAUAAAAAUGGAUUUGACGCAUUGGAGUAACGAGGAAAUUGAUUACGAACUAGCGCUUCGCUUCGUUGUCAACCUCGGGCCUUCAACUCACAGGAAUAAAGUCCUGAAGUUGAAAGAACUGAUGUCGCAGGAAGAUGAGACUUCCAUUCACAACUCGGAACAUGUAAUGAGCUCCAGUACAAAUUUAGAAACCUGUCAAAACAAGAUCGGGGAGCUAAGAAAGCUAGUCGAUGAAGCGAUCCUGAUAAAGGACACUUUUGUCAUUUCUCAACUACGUUCGCGACUUCUUCACUACGAUGCCAGGCUGAAAAUCAUUCAGCCUCUCGUACCGUUCGUGAGUACAAAGGAAACAUUGUGUGCUCUGGUCAAAGUGCUACUCAGUGAAGUGAACAGUGCGUUAUUGCGCAUCGGGAAGAGAAAUGAUCGAAGUGACAGUGCAGUGACAAAUUUGACACCGUUCGAAGGGACAAUGGAGGAGAGAGAAGACGUGCAACGCCACCUGGCAUCGAAGCAAACAGAUGCCGCAUCCAUGGAGGGGGCGUAUUCUAUCCAGGAGUUCACAAACAGCGGACAACACCAGAAGGAUAACACACGCGUCUCAACGGCACAGAAUACCAGCACAGGUGCAGUGCAUAAAGAACAGCUGAGCAGCGUGAGCUGUACAGAAGGAUUUCCACCGAUGGCAAUGGAGAACAACUUCCAACGAGCCAACAGCAUGUUCGAGGAUCACGAGCCACAGUUGUCAGCAACAAGUUCUCCCGUUGUGAGCGGUCGGGGCAGAGGACUAGUGCUAAGAGAUCAACAUGACCGACGAGACAACACCAGAGGUAGAGGAAGAGCGACCAACACUUCAGCGAUAAACGACAGCCUAAAUCGAAAAGACCAAAUACACGACCAGACAUUCCGGAAUAUCAUCACCAACAAUGCUAGCCUGUACGCAGAUUUGGUAGAACGACUGGCACGGAGAGAGCAGCCUGUACGAACACAAACAAAUGAGCGACCAGAAGACCGGAGAAUGAUGAAAGCAGUGCAUAACUGGCCGUUCAAAUUUCGGGGCGAGAAGGACACGACGUCUCUAAACAUAUUUUUGGAUCGGGUUGAAACAUUCGCCAAAUCAGAAGGAAUGAGCGAUGCAACACUUCUUUCGUCAAUCAAACAUCUUCUUCAAGAUGACGCCUUAGACUGGUACGCUCGCGCCAUGACACAACAGUCUCUCCAUUCAUGGCAGGCCUUCAAGAAGGAGAUAAGAAAGGAGUUCCUACCAGUUGGAUAUGCACAGAUACUGCGACUGGAAGCCAGCUUCCGCUUCCAGGGCCAACAGGAAUCCUUCGCCAAGUACUAUCGAGACAUCGCAGCACUAUUUCGAUUCAUUUCACCACCUAUGGCGGAGGAGGAAAAGUUUUUCAUCGUCAAGAAAAACAUGAAUGCCGACUAUGCGGCAAUCGUAACAGCAGCAAGACCGAUGAACCUGCAGGAGAUGGUCGAAGUGUGCACAAGCUAUGACGAAACCCGUAUGCUUCUUAAUCGGCAACGUAGAGUUCCUGUUCCACAUAACUCGUUGUUGGAGCCCAACUUCGCUACUCCAGUCAGUCCAGCAAAACCAUAUCAGCAAUCCCAACCGCCUCGAUAUUCCAGAGUAAACGCGGUGGAAUCUAUCGAGGGAAGCGAGAACUCAUCGACAGACCAACACUCCACUUCGACGUUCGAGGAAGAUGAAGCAGAAUGGCAAAGCAAGAUCGACCAGCUAAUGCAACAGGUUAGUGCUUUAAAAGGUCAGUUCGAACGAAAGCCACUGAAACAGUCAAACAGCCAGGCUCAAAACCUUGGGCGGUCACUGGGGGCUCAACCAGUAACUCUGUCGCAUCAUUCUCGGACGCCAUCCAACCAAUAUCAACAACGGUGGCAACUGGAGCAGCAGCAACAGGAAGAUUGGCAACAAGACAGAACAAGAGCACAGCCGGCAAGUACACCAGCGUCCUCGUCCUCGCAAUACCGGCAGGAAGCGCAGCACCAACAACCGUGGCACCAGACACAGCAGCAUCCCGUAUGGCAACAACGGCCGCAUGCAAAUCCAAGCCCAGCACUACAAUUACAGACCAGACAGCAGCCAGGAAGUAGCGAGGCGCGGCCAGCCAUGACCUGUUGGAACUGUGACGAGGAAGGACAUCGCUUUAUGGACUGUCCAAAACCACAAGCGAUCCUAUUUUGUUACCGUUGUGGCAGGAAAGGAUAUUCGCUACGCAGCUGUUUUACGUGCCGCACAGACGCGGGAAACCAGCAAGCGGGGAACCUACAAUAG